CGAGGUUUUGGGUUUUGCACUCUGCUAACUGGUGAGGUCUGCUUUGCUCAUCCUUUCUUCUCCAUUUUUCAGUUUGAAGAAUUGUGGAGCGUUUCAACUUCUUCAAAUCCAUCAAAAUCCCAGCACAAAUCCUCUCCAGAAAAUCUGGUUACAGGCUUCUAUUCAAAAGAGAAUAGUACCUCAGCUGGAUUUUUGGGUAUUUUGGAAUUCCAUGAUUAAUUAUGAUUAUUAGAAAAGAGUCAACAGAAUCAUGAAAUAGAAGCAAUUUUUGGGAAGCUGGUCCUUUGCUAAAUGAGCUUUCCUAUCUGCUAGGGAAUUUGUACUUGUUGAGAAAAUGUUAUCCUUUCAGAUUGGUAUCUUUCCCAAAUCCUUUUUGCCUCUUUGUCUAGUGAAAAACAAUCAUAAUUCCUGCAACAUGCUGCCUGUUUCUGAUGUUACUCGUAGUACUCUAAGUCAUUGGUGCAACGUCUGGCCCUCCUGUGUACACCAUCGCCGUUUUUUAAAAACUUCCCCUUGCUUUGCUACUUCAAGAAAAUCCGAUUCCAACCCUGAUCCUGAUCCUAAUCCUGACUCGAAGCCUAAAUCUAAAGCUGAAACAGGAAACCAGGACCAAAAGUCUGUAGUUUCCCAUAACAAAGAUGAAAAUCCAGAUAAAAGCUUCCCAACAACCAUUCCUAAGAAGCCAAGACGGGGUCGUAGGAGUGAAGCUGUAGCUGUUGAAGAUUUUAUACGCGACUCACUUGAACAAACUUUUGAAUCAAUCCGGCAGCAGAAUCCAGAAGUUUUUGAAAAUAAGGAAAGUGUGAUGAAGGAUAGACUUGAAAAUCAGUUUGAUUGUGACAGUAGCAGUGAUGAAGAUGAGGACGAGGACGAGAAGGAUAGUGAAGCCGGUAAAAGAGGAAAGAAGAUGGUGGUGGAAGAGGAUGAUCCAGAUUGGCCAUUGGACGCAGAAAUUGGGUGGGGAAUUAGGGCAUCGGAGUACUUUGAGCAGCAUGCUAUUAAGAAUGUGGUGGGUGAAGAUGGUUUUGAGAUUGACUGGGAAGGAGAGAUUGAUGAUAGCUGGGUAAAGGAGAUUAACUGUCUGGAGUGGGAGAGCUUUGCUUUCCAUCCCAGUCCGCUAAUUGUUCUUGUAUUUGAGAGAUACAAAAGGGCAACUCACAAUUGGAAGACUUUGAAAGAGCUAGAGAAGGCGAUCCAGGUAUAUUGGAAUUCCAAGGACCGGUUACCUCCUCGGGCAGUCAAACUGGAUAUCAAUAUCGAGAGAGAUUUGGCAUAUGCUCUUAAAGUCAGGGAAUGCCCACAGCUUUUAUUUUUACGCGGAAACAGGAUCAUGUACAGAGAGAAAGAGUUUCGCAAGGCUGAUGAAUUGGUCCAAAUGAUUGCUUAUUUCUAUUACAACGCGAAGAAGCCUGCAUGGAUUGAUGAGGCAUCCAUAUGUCGACCUUAUUAGGGAUUUCCCCCAAUCUUUGUCCUUUCUGAACACAAUGGACACCGAUGCUAAAAUCAGAAGUUGACUUGGGGAAACAUGAACAAGUAAUGUAUCAUCUAUCCUGAGACCAAAUAUAUGGACUUUUUUUACAAAUUAACUCAUCUAAUUUAGAUGAGUAAAUUUGUAAAUAAAGUCCAUAGAUUAUAAAUCUUGCUCAUUUUUGCUGAAUUACAAUGAUAUCGGUAUUUCUGCAACAGGCUUCUUUUGUUUCUUCCUUUUGAUUUCUGAGUUUUUGAUCCACUGCCUUGAGAGAGUGAAUCUUUUUUCUGAAGGGGAUGCUUUGGGUUCAUUUAAAAAUGCAUGAAAAAGGCACCGACGAAAUACCAGUAAAUUCUUGGUGACAGUUUAUAUUAUUUGGAUUUGGAUUUUGUGUUUCUAGUGUUUGCCCUUUUUUGAGUGGAGUCGUUAUAGCUUUGAUUCCAAUUUUAGAGACCAGAUAAGAAGAGAAAAUGGAGAGAAAAAGAAGAAUAUUUGGUAUUUUUUCUUUCAUGAGAAGUUGUGAAUACACUUGGUUCAUAUAUAAACAGUGCAUGUUUUAGCUCUUCUCUCAA